AUGUCACCUGCACUUUGAUUGGUUAGUGUAUUCCGCCAUAUUGGGAAGGUGGAGAUAGAGUAAAGAGUAGUAGACUUCAAAUUUCGAUUAUUUACAACUAUUUUAACCAUGUCGGAAGUCGAAGAUAAAAAGGAACGCGAGACUCUAGUUCAAAAAGCUAAGUUAGCCGAACAAGCUGAAAGGUAUGAUGAUAUGGCCGAGGCCAUGAAAAAAGUGGUCGAAAAGUUUAGGAAGUUGAACAACGAGGAGAGGAAUCUGCUUUCCGUUGCCUACAAAAAUGUUGUUGGGGCCCGGCGGUCAUCAUGGAGAGUAAUUUCAAGUAUAGAAUCUAAGACAGACGGCACAGAAAAGAAACAGCAAUUGGCUAAAGAUUACAAAAACAAAGUAACAACCGAACUCCAAGAAAUUUGCAAAGACGUUCUGCAUCUGCUUGACGAACAUUUAUUAAAAGAAGCUACUGAAGAUACAGAUAGUGGAAAUGAAAGCAAAGUGUUCUAUUUAAAAAUGAAGGGAGAUUACUACCGAUAUCUGGCAGAGGUUACAGAUGAGGAUGGGGCUGAGGGUAAACAAGAGGUUAUGGAAAAGUCAAACAAAGCUUAUAAAGAGGCAUAUGAACAAGCUUUAAAACAUAUGCCACCUACACAUCCUAUAAGAUUAGGCUUGGCUCUCAACUUCUCUGUAUUCUAUUAUGAAAUAAUGAAUAAACCUGAAGAAGCUUGUAAAUUAGCUAAAUCUGCUUUUGAUCAAGCUAUAACAGAAUUAGAUACAUUAAAUGAAGAUUCUUAUAAGGACAGUACAUUAAUAAUGCAAUUAUUGAGAGAUAAUUUAACGCUUUGGACAUCAGAUACACAAGCCGAUGCAGAUGACGCUGAUCAACAAGAAGCCAAUUGAUUAUAUCAUUAUCAUAACGUGUCAUUCACACAGAAACUUUGGUAUGACCUCAGAUCGUAUGUGUGUGAGAGAAUGCUGUUACCAAUAGUCUCAUAUACUUCAAUUCUGCCUGGUUUAUUUUUAGUAUCAUUUUGUCAAGUUCAUGUUGCCAUAGUUACUACAUAGAAGUCUUCACUAGUUAAUGUUUGGUCUUUAGGUUUGUUCAGAAUUUAAUAUUAGAUUCUACUACUCAAUUGGAAAAAAAUAGACUUUUAAAUUGUCAGUCAAGCAAUUUCAAUUUUGUGAUAAUUUGUAACAGCUAAAGAUAGGUUUCUAUGGCAACGUAGAUUUUGUUCAUGCAAGAAUGAGUGAAGAUGGUUUUCAUUUUAAUGUAUCGCGUAAAGAAUUGAUAGAAAAGUAUUAUCUGAUAAGAAAUUAACCAUAGUUUAAUCAAAAAGUGAUCAUAUAUUUCUUAUAUAUAUUCUGGUGAAAUAGGAAAGCAUGUUAAGCUUGACGUUAUUUACUUUUACACUGUUACUUGUACUGUGUCGGUGACAACAGGUUAUAUACCUGUGUUUUACUAUGUUUGUUGUUUUUGGUUUAUUUUCCUUUUUUUUUUUUUUUUUUUUUCUCUACUUGAUAUGCCCACUUCACUUCAUUUUGUUUUUUUUUUCUCAGGGUUAUGAGUUGUUCGUAUUUAACAAAAUGCAGAUAUUUUUUUUCCCCCAACAAGCUUAUUUGUGCUAUCUAAAAAAAUAAUUUCUUUUUGUCUUUGCUCUGUGAGCAUGCUUUGAGGAGACAGAUGUCUAGAAAAGAUUAGAAAGAGAUGCCCCAUUAUGCUCGGUGAUGAGAAUGAUAGAUCUGUUUUAAAAAAUGAACAUUUACACAUAUGUGCUUUAGCAAAUUUCUUCCAAGAUUAUUUUUACCCAUAGUGCACCAAAGUUUCUCUUCGUCAAUCUUUAUAAGUGCUUUUGUCUGUUUUUUAUUACUGUAUUAUUCUCAAGUAGAAAGAGUUAUAGAUGUAUUUGUAGUUAUAUAAUAUUAUAAUUUCUUUAUUCUCCCAAUAAUUAGUCAAAUGGAAGCCAAAAAAAUAUCUUGUGUUAUAAGCUGUUGCAAGGUCAGCAGGGAAAAAAUGGCUUGAACAGGGGUUCAAAUGAUUUAGAUUAAAAGUCAUAAUUUCCUUUAAUCCUAAGUUCAUUGUAAAUUUAUGCACAAUAAAAAAACGUUUAUUAAUAGAAUCAGUGCUUUAGAAGUUGACAGAAAACCAUUUAAUAACUAUUAUAAGGCUUAGAUUUUUUUACAAAUUGGUUCUGUUGAAAAGUUUGUUAAUGUGAAACAAUUUGAACUGUAAUUAAUCAAAGGGUUAGUAGCCCCCUCAUCUAGCAAGCUAAACAUACAUUGCAAAGCCAAACUAUUGGCAUGGUUAAAAUAUUUGUGAACCCCUGAAGAGCUUCAUACUCUUGCCAGUCGAUCAAUCAGUUGCAUACAACAAUCAACCAAUUUCAUUGGUUAAUCAGUUGAAGGUGAGCAUUUUCCAUUGGUUAAAUGAGAUGACCUUUGACUUGUUUAAUAUCACAUGAUAACUGUUGUGUAGAAUUUGUCGUCAUGGUAAUAACUUUUUUAUUUAAAUGAGUAGGGCUUUGUUAUGUUUAUCUGAUAACAUUCAGAUGUUUUGAUUAGUUGACUAGCGCAUUUUCAAUUAAAUUUUGUUAUUUAGCCUUUGAUUAAAAAAAGAGAGAAAAAAAUAACUGGCUCCAAGUAUUUAUCUGUACUGUUUAAAGAUAAACCAAAUUUUUCAAGUUAUAUUUAUCUAUGUAUUUGGAACUAUAAAUUUUUAACCUUUUUGUCUUUGACUAUGUUCUCUAAUGGCUGGUAUCUAAGUAUGUCUACAUUUCUGUUGUGUCAAAAUUCAAUUUUAUUAAUUCCUUACUGAAAUUAAUUACACUUGGGAUUCAUGCUUGAGAAAAAAAAUAAUAAUUGGUGCUUUAAAGGAAGGGGGUAUUGAAAAAUCAUGCUCUUCUACAAAUGUUUUCUUAGAAAUGUGAGACAUAUUUAGACAAAAGUCAUUCUCUAUUUUAUGUAAUUCCCUAAGUUUUUACCAAGUUCUUCUUUAGUGUGUAAGAGUUGUCUCCCUUAGAAAAGGUUUUAAUUUAGAAAGUUGCUUUUGUAUGAAAUUUGUGCCAGUUUAAAAGAUUUAGGUCAAAAUGACAAUUAAAAUUAGUAUAAAAUUGUUUAAUUUAGGAACAUAACUCUUACUGAACUUGGGGAAAACAGGGAAGAUUAAUGUUGAAGCCAUGAUAUUUGAAAUAUUUAUUAAAAACUACCGUGGACUCCGGGUUUUCACGCUUUUUAUGUGUUCUACACAUGGCCUGUAUGAUUUGGUUAUUAAGACAUCAUAAAUGAAUAAAUGUUUUGUCUACAUA